AUGAAGAGACAAAAAACCACAGAAACCAACUCCAACAACAACCUCUUUGAUCUCUUGUCUGAAGAGAUAAUUUUUUCAAUCUUAGACUUCAUUAACACAAACCCUUUUGACAGAAAGUCCUUUUCUUUAGUUUGCAAGUCAUUUUACAUUACGGAAUCAAAACACCGCAAAAAUCUUAAACCUUUGAGACAAGAACACCUUCCUCGAAUCCUUAACAGAUACCCACAUGUAAACCAUCUUGAUCUUUCUCUGUGUCCGCGUAUAAAUGACAGUUAUUUGACAGUUGUAUCAAAUAUUUGCAAAGAUUCAUUGAAGUCUAUUGAUCUUUCAAGGUCAAAGUUCUUUUCUUACAAUGGGUUGAUGAGUCUGGCUUUGAAUUGUAAGAAUUUGGUGAGCAUUGACUUGUCUAAUGCGACUGAGUUGAGAGAUGCUGCGGCGGCUGCGGUGGCGGAGGCUAAGAAUUUGGAGAGGCUAUGGUUGGGGAGGUGUAAGUUGAUUACUGAUAUGGGAAUUGGGUGUAUUGCUGUUGGUUGCAAGAAGUUGAGGUUGAUCAGCUUGAAGUGGUGUAUAGGUGUUAGUGAUUUAGGGGUUGGUUUAAUUGCUGUUAAGUGUAAGGAGAUUAGAAGUUUGGAUCUUUCCUACUUGCCGAUUACAAAUAAAUGUUUACCAUCCAUUUUGAAACUACAAUAUCUUGAAGAUAUAGUUGUAGAAGGAUGCUUUGGUAUUGAUGAUGAUAGCCUAGCUGCCCUCAAACAUGGCUGCAAGUCGCUGAAGGCACUCGAUAUGUCAAGUUGUCAGAACAUAAGUCAUGUUGGCUUGUCUUCCUUAAUAAGUGGUGCUGGAAGCCUACAGCAACUCACCUUAGCAUAUGGCUCUCCUGUCACUCUAUCUCUGGCUAAUAGUUUGAAAAGUCUAUCCAUGUUGCAAUCUGUCAAGCUAGAUGGUUGUGUGGUUACCUCUGCUGGAUUAACAGCAAUAGGAAAUUGGUGCAUAGCACUAAGUGAGCUGAGCUUGAGUAAAUGUUUAGGAGUGACAGAUGAAGGUCUCUCCUCUCUUGUAACAAAGCACAAAGACUUGAAGAAGCUAGAUAUAACAUGUUGUCGGAAGAUAACUGAUGUCUCGAUUGCCUACAUCACAAGUUCAUGCACCAAUCUCACUUCCCUCAGAAUGGAGUCAUGUACCCUAGUUCCUAGUGAAGCAUUUGUCUUGAUUGGACAGCGGUGUCAGUUUCUUGAAGAGCUUGAUUUAACAGAUAAUGAGAUUGAUGACGAAGGUCUGAAGUCCAUUUCCAGAUGUUCUGAACUCUCCAGCUUAAAGUUAGGAAUUUGCCUAAACAUAAGUGACGAGGGACUUUCACAUAUUGGCAAGUGCUCAAAACUUGCUGAGCUUGAUUUGUACAGGUCUGCUGGGAUAACAGAUAUGGGCAUUCUAGCAAUUUCUCGAGGUUGCUCUGGGCUUGAGAUGAUUAAUAUGUCAUAUUGUAUUGACAUUACUGAUAGUUCCUUAUUAUCUCUAUCAAAAUGCUCAAGGUUAAACACAUUCGAAAGUCGAGGGUGCCCGCUUAUCACAUCUUUAGGUCUUGCAGCCAUUGCUGUGGGGUGUAAGCAGCUCAUUAAGCUAGACAUUAAGAAGUGUCAUAACAUUGGUGACGCUGCAAUGCUUCCGCUUGCUCACUUUUCUCAGAACCUCAGACAGAUUACUCUAUCUUAUAGCUCAGUUACAGACGUGGGGCUCUUGGCCCUUGCCAGUAUCAGCUGCCUGCAAAGCAUGACCAUCCUGCACUUGAAGGGUUUGACUCCAAGUGGAUUGGCAGCUGCCUUGUUGGCAUGCGGAGGAUUAACAAAAGUGAAGCUCCAUAUAUCUUUCAAAUCAUUGCUUCCACAGCCUCUUUUUGAACAUUUGGAAGCUCGCGGUUGCGUGUUUGAGUGGAGAGAUAAAGAGUUUCAGGCUGAGUUAGAUCCAAAGUGCUACAAGUUACAGUGGGAAGAUAUUAUAGCUCAAUAG